AUGAACGAUCAUCUUAAAGUCGCAUCACGCCCGCUCCGUCCCUCGAAGAUCGAUGUGAUCCAGGCCUUCCACCGUCUCCGCAUGGACCCUGACUCCGAGUAUUUGACCGCCUUUCGCACCCGUUUCGGAACUUUCCGCUGGAAAGUCCUCCCGUUCGGUCUGAAGGUAGGUCCCGCCUGGUUCCAGCAGUUUAUCAACGCGCAGCUUCACGAUCUCCUCGACCGGUGCGCCAGCGCCUACGCAGAUGACGUCCUGAUCUACUCGGAUAAAGAAGAAGACCACUGGAAAGACUGUCAAGAAGUGAUCUGGCGACUCCAUCAGGCCAACCUCCAGGGAGACAUCAAGAAGUCUAGAUUUAACGUGACCAAGGUUGACUACCUCGGCGUUCUGCUUGAAGCCGGUGUGGGCCUUAGUGUCGACCCUCGGAAAGUUCGAUCGAUACAAGACUGGAAGUUUGAAGACCUCCGAGACCGCACCGCGAUCCGAUCAUUCGUUGGCCUAUGCAACUUCAUCCGUGUUUUCUGCUACCACGCCUCCGGAGUGGCAGAACCCUUGAACCGGUUGCUUAAGAAGGAUGUUGCCUUUGUGAUGGGCCCGGAGCAACGCGAAGCAUUUGAUCAACUCAAGCGCCUGGCUAUCGAAGCCCCGGUCCUCGCCUUCUUUAGACCAGAACUGCCGACCCGACUGGAGACCGAUGCCUCCCGGAAUGCCACAGCUGGUGUUCUAUGGCAGGAACAGCCUGAUCAGACCUGGAAGCCCGUUGGAUUCUUCUCUAAGACCAUGACCCCGGCCGAGCGAGCCUACCCAAUCCAAGAUCGAGAGCUCCUCGCCGUCGUACAGAGUCUAGAGCACUUCUACCCAGAGCUCUUAGGCCAGAAGUUCGAUGUGAUCACCGAUCACGAAGCCUUAGUCCAUUUCUCUACGAAGCGCCUGCUCUCGGUACGACAGAUCAGAUGGUCCGACUUUCUCGCCCAGUUCGACAUCCGUUUCCUCUACCGCCCCGGUCGACUGAACGUAGUCGCCGAUGCCCUCUCCAGGAAGACAGCGGAGCUCCCUACCGUAAAGGCCCGGGAAGCCGAGGAACGCACGGUGACCCUGAUCCCUCCGGAAAGGCUAGGCUUCGCGACCGACUCUCUAGACCCUACGGCCGCCGGCAACCUGCCCCCUCAGAACUUUAGUCCCGAACCUAAGCCUACUAGACCAUUAGUUCUGAGGGCCACGAGUGCCCUACAGACCCCAGAAGACCGAGGGAUACAGCAGACGCCCGAUCAAGACCGCCCAGAACUAGACCCGAACUCGGUCCCGAAGGGAGCCGAACUCGUUUCGUUGAUCCGCCAAGAGAACCUCCUCCAAGACCUCGGCACCCAUGGAACACACCUGAUCGUACCAGCCCAGACCUCAGACAAGCAGACGUUUCUUCAGACCGCGCUCAUUCGCGAAGCCCACGAGCCCCAGAUCUUCGCUCACGCCGGACAGAACAAGGUGAUCAAGCUGCUCCAACGAGACUUCUACUGGCCAAGGAUGAAGGAGGAUAUCCGUCGUUAUAUUCGGAACUGCCACGACUGCCGCCGCAACAAAACCCCUCGAGACAAGACCCCUGGACUGCUCCAUCCACUGCCCGUACCGACCUCUGUUUGGGAGCACGUCGAAUGUGACGGGAAGGAUAUGCCGAAAGACCGUUACGGAUAUGACUAUGUUUGGACCUUCGUCUGCAAGCUAAGCCGGAUUAUCGCCACGCUCCCAGGAAAGAAAAACGAUACGGCAGAAGUCUUAGCUAGCCGCUACUUCCGCUACCUCUAUCGUUUCUUCGGUAUGCCCUCGUAUGGAUUUCUGACAACGCUGGACAGUUUAUUUCUGCCUUCCUCGCAGAGAUUAACCGGCUCACGGGAACGAAGCAUCGUCAUGGAAGCUCCUACACCCUCAGACCCAAGGGUGUAG